AUGGCGCGAAAAAAUGCCUCAGCGAAACGCGCCGGUACUCAGACUCACUAUGUUUCGAGAUACAAUGCUCGCGUCGUCGAAAACUUCCGCGCGCGACAGUUUGAGGUCAGGUCAAGCGGCGAGGUUGUCACUUCUUCAAAAAUCAUACGCACGACUGCUCAGAGUUUACCACCACCGACACCAAUGGAACUUUUUGAGGACUUCCCUCCCAUCCACGCUCUCGAUGAUCAAGUCUUUGGUCCUGUGGAUCGAGAGCGCCUUGAUCUCCCAGCGCUAGGAAACAUGUUCUCCCUCGAUCAGGCCUACCUUGCCCAUCUGGCCGAUAUGGACACGGAUGAUGUGGCCGUUUCUCGAGCGCGUAAACCUUCGGAUCAACCUUUGUUCACUUUCUUAGCCGUCCGGGAGACUUAUCUCAGCGAAUUGCACGGUGCAAAGAAUGCCUUGAUACGAGCCUUCACUGCAUUCAAUGCAUUGUUGAGCUGCAUCGGCGCUCGCCACUACACCGCAUCGAAUGUACACUCCGUCAGUCUGGAUUACUGUGGAUGUGAAACGGCGAAGUUGCCUAUUAUCCAGUUACUCCGCCACCGUCUCUUCCCUGCUACUUCCGUUGCACCCCGAUCCGCCGCCACCUUUGCGGCCCUUGACCACUUUCAUAUGCUCUCGUUAGAGGGCAAACUAUCGGCAUUUGAAUUCUGGCGAGCGUUAGCUCGUACAACAGACAAGACAGAAAUUGAACCUCCCCCGGAUCGUUACGAACCAUUCAUGAGGAUGAUGCGGGAGUGGCGGCACCUCCACUUUCUGAAACGCGGUGGACGUAUGAGCGACCCUGAAGGCCCCGCCGGCACCGCACAAGGGGAAUUGGCCCUCAAAUGCCCAGCGUGCCCUCAUCCUGAGAUUAACUUGCCCCCUGACUGGGAGAAGGCACCGCCACAGACAUCUGAUCGUGCCGAUCCCGGCCUUGGGAGGGGAUGGAGCUACUUUGUCGAAGAAGGAAGUUAUCAAGAUUAUCUGAAAACCUGCAAGGAGCCGGUACAGAAAAGCACCUGCAAUGCUCACAAAGCUGUGAAUGACGCAGACAAGCGAGACGUCAAGGGGCUGGCUGUCAGUGGGCUCGGCACCAUUGAAUGUAUUCGCCACGACUUCAAACGCGCGCACUCCAGUGGUGACCUAAAGAAAGGAGAACGAUAUUCGGUCAUGGAUUACCUUUUCUUCUCAAGUAUAGCAAACAUUCCCCACAAGCGACUUGUGGUCUCAUACGACAUUGCCUGCCAGUGGGGCCUUCACCUUUGGUCGCGGAUGGCAGAUAUGCCUGAACGCCUUCGGCUGGCACCAUCGUCAGAACGCGAAGUGACGUUCCUGGUUCCGAAGUUCCAUCUACCGGCGCAUAUCACGGCAUGUCAAGCCUCAUUCUCAUUCAAUUAUACUCGUGGUGUUGGGCGAACAGACGGAGAGGCCCCAGAACGAGGGUGGGACUUCUUGAACCCCGCUGCCGGCCAGACGAAGGAGAUGGGACCCGGCGCUCGUCGUGAACUUUUGGAGGACCUCAUGGGUGAUCGCAACUGGAAGAAAACAGUUGGAAUUGGAAAGACUUUGCUUCGGCGCAUGAAAACUGCUGUCCCUACCUGUCGCGAGCAGAUAGACAGCCACCAUGACUUUGAAAAGCGGCUUGGCCGUAGAAUCGUAGAGCCUUGGCGUCGAGAUGUGGAAAAAUGGGAGGCAGAUCCAGCCGCAGACAACCCGUUCUCAGCCGUCGUAAACACCGUGUCGCAGAACUCUGUGCGGUUAGAACUCAAUCGCCAGGAAGGAUUGUUGUUAGCGAAAGGCGAGUUGGAGCUGUUCCAUGAACACGUCACUCCCUGUGUUCUCAUAUCCAUGGGUCUGGACCUAGAGGACCAACAACGGUCCCUAGCCCACGAUACGGCCAAUCUGGGACUGCAUGCCACCGAUCGCCAGCGACUGAUGUUAGUCCAGAAAGCCAACAUCGUUCGAAACAAAGUCAACGUCUGGAUAGACCAUCAGAAGCUCUACUGCCCUUCGGCAUCAGCUCUUCGUGCGGGCGAGUCGAACUUGCCAACAGACCCCAUUGCCGCCGUUCCUAUGUUAAACCUGUGGCUACCAUCUAGUAUAGGGAGCCGGGCGACUUGUCCAAAGUCUCUACAAGAGAUCGAAUGGCAGCUUCGCCACGCUCAGGCCCACGAUGCUCUACACGACAUCCGCGCCAACCUACAGAUCAGGGUGGGUGUAUUCCAACAAAAGGAUCGUUUUGAACGUGGCCAGCGAGCCAUGACGCGAUCACGCUCAGUGUUAGCUCGGCUACAAGAUAAGAUUGACGAGUGUACCGAGCGUUACCGGGUAGCCCGUCGUGCUCUCGUUUCCCUGGCACCCAUCCUUGGAAAAGGCCCUCAAGAUUGGUCAAACGCAAUUCGUGAGCUGCGGGACGCAGACAUCCGCCCAAUAUCAGCUGGAGAGAUGAGGGAGACGGAGGGAAGACGAACAAUAUCAUGGAUCUGGCUGGUGGAUGGAGUGGCAGCAACAGCGGAGCAAAGUGAGGUCAUCAACGAUUCUGUACGUCUGGAGUGGUGCAAAAGUCGAGCAAGGGCUAUGCGAUGGUCUGAAGAAGUCGAUCUCCUCAAAGAGGAAAUGCGACGGGUUUUACAAUUUAUGGAAUGGCAGGCCAGCGAAUGGGAGAAACGAGCUGAAUCUACUGAAUCUACAGGAAGUGCAGCCGGCGACAUACAACGAGGAGCGGCUGCGUAUGCCAAACGACAGGCCAGCAUCCGCCGGUCAUUAACCGCAGAAUUCCGCCGUAUGUGGAGCUCCGUCCCAACGUUACUGUCAUUCCAUGAUCCAUACACUACUUUCUCUGCGUGGAACGUUGCCGGGGAAUCAAGUGUCCCAGUGGCUAGCGCGACCACAUCAGCGACGACGGAUGCGACACACCAUGAUCAAUCGGCACCGACGGAUGCGACGACACUGGCGCUGACAGACACAACGACGCACCAUGAUCAAUCGGCGCCGGCGGAUGAUAUCGCCACCGACAGAUGCGAUGACACCAGCCCUGACAGACGCAACGACCUACCGUGA